CCUUUGUUUCACUCUAAGAGCUACUGCUAGAUCAAUGGCAUCUCACAUUGUUGGUUAUCCCCGCAUGGGGCCCAAGAGAGAGCUUAAGUUUGCCUUGGAAUCAUUUUGGGAUCGAAAGAUUAGUGUCGAGGAACUGAAGAAGGUUGCUGCAGAUCUCAGAUCAGCCAUCUGGAAGCAGACAGCCGUUGCUGGAAUCAAGUAUAUUCCAAGCAACACAUUCUCGUACUACGAUCAAGUAUUAGACACCACAGCCAUGCUUGGGGCUGUUCCUGCUAGAUAUAAUUGGAAUGGUGAGGAGAUUGGCUUUGAUAUUUACUUCUCCAUGGCACGAGGGAAUGCAUCUGUACCUGCUAUGGAAAUGACCAAGUGGUUUGACACCAAUUAUCAUUACAUUGUCCCUGAAUUGGGUCCAGAUGUUAAGUUUUCCUACAAAUCACACAAGGCAGUGGAUGAAUACAAUGAGGCCAAAGCUCUAGGAAUUGACACUGUACCAGUGCUUGUGGGACCUGUAUCCUACUUGUUGCUGUCAAAACCAGCAAAGGGUGUUGAGAAAUCUUUUCCUCUUCUUUCACUAAUUGAUAAGAUCCUUCCUGUUUACAAGGAGGUUGUGACUCAACUGAGGACAGCUGGUGCUACAUGGAUCCAAUUUGAUGAACCCAUGCUCGUCAAGGAUCUUGAUGUUCACCAAUUACAAGCGUUUAGUUAUGCCUAUGAAGAGCUUGAUUCAACUUUAUUUGGUCUGAAUGUUCUAAUAGAGACAUACUUUGCUGAUGUUCCUGUUGAGGCAUACAAAACACUUACCUCUCUGAAGGCUGUUACUGCAUAUGGAUUCGACCUUGUUCGAGGGACAAAGACACUUGAUGUAAUAAAGAGGGGAUUUCCACCGGGAAAAUUUCUGUUUGCUGGUGUAGUUGAUGGAAGGAAUAUUUGGGCCAACAAUCUCGCAUCUUCCCUGAGCACCUUGCAGGCUCUUGAAGAUGUUGUUGGAAAGGAGAAGGUUGUGGUCAGCUCAUCUUGUUCACUUCUUCAUACGGCUGUUGAUCUGGUGAAUGAGACUAAGUUGGACCAGGAGAUUAUGUCUUGGCUUGCAUUUGCGGCACAAAAAGUAGUUGAGGUAAAUGCCUUGGCCAAGGCAUUGUGUGGACAAAAGGAUGAGGUUUUCUUCUCUGCUAAUGCCACUGCGUUGGCCUCAAGGAAGUCCUCCCCAAGAGUGACAAAUGAGGCUGUCCAAAAGGCUGCUGCUGCUUUGAAAGGUUCCAAUCACCGCAGGGCUACAAAUGUAGAUGUUAGGUUGGAAGCUCAACAGAAGAAAAUGAAUCUUCCUAUUCUUCCAACUACCACACUUGGAUCUUUCCCUCAGACUGCAGAUCUUAGAAGAGUGCGCCGUGAAUAUAAGGCCAACAAGAUCUCUGAGGAAGAUUACAUCAAAUUUAUUAAGGAGGAGAUCAACCAAGUAGUUAAACUCCAGGAAGAACUUGAUAUCGACGUUUUGGCACACGGGGAGCCAGAGAGGAAUGACAUGGUUGAAUACUUUGGAGAACAAUUAUCUGGUUUUGCUUUCACUUCCAAUGGAUGGGUUCAAUCUUACGGAUCCCGCUGUGUCAAGCCACCAAUUAUCUAUGGAGAUGUAAGCCGUCCCAAGCCCAUGACAGUCUUCUGGUCUUCAAUGGCUCAAAAUCUGACUAAUAGACCGAUAAAAGGAAUGCUUACUGGUCCCGUUACGAUUCUGAACUGGUCCUUUGUAAGAGAUGACCAGCCUAGAUUUGAGACCUGCUACCAGAUUGCUUUGGCCAUCAAGGAUGAAGUUGAGGAUCUUGAGAAAGUUGGUAUUACUGUCAUCCAGAUUGAUGAAGCUGCUCUGAGAGAAGGAUUGCCUCUAAGGAAGUCUGAGGAGGCUUUCUAUCUUAACUGGGCUGUUCAUUCAUUUAGGAUCACCAACUGCGGUGUUAAGGACACUACACAGAUACACACCCACAUGUGCUACUCAAAUUUCAAUGACAUCAUUCACUCAAUCAUAGAUAUGGAUGCUGAUGUGAUUUCUCUUGAGAACUCCAGAUCAGAUGAGAAGUUACUUUCAGUCUUCCGUGAAGGAGUCAAAUAUGGCGCCGGCAUUGGUCCCGGGGUCUAUGAUAUUCACUCUCCAAGAAUCCCUCCUACAGAAGAAAUUGCUGACAGAAUCAAAAAGAUGCUUGCAGUUCUUGAGAGCAACAUUCUGUGGGUCAACCCAGACUGUGGCCUCAAGACUCGCAAAUACUCUGAGGUGAAGCUUGCUCUUACCAAUAUGGUUGCUGCAGCCAAGCUUAUUCGCAAUCAACUUGUUUGUGAUAAGUGAGUUUAAAAUGAGCAGACGAAGUCAAGGUCGAAUUCUCUUCAGUUAAUAAAUUAUUGUAUGUAGAGGCUUAAAAGAGACACGGAAAACAUAUGCAAUGCAGCUUUUUAAAUUGGAAACCUUAGUCCUUGAGUGGGGAUUCAUGUGCCUUCUUUCUUAAGUAAUUCCUUCUCCUUUCGGAGGGUCUCUUUCUC